AUGAAUGAAAAAGUUCGCGUCCCAGAACUCUUACAGGAGUCCAUCUUCGAAAGCUCAGGCAAUAAAUCAAUCUAUCCGGUGCACGACACACUUUUCUUUACUUUCGUACUCUUCGUAUCCGCGGCCGACAUUGCAACCGGUAUUGCUGGUGUUGUCUACAAAGAAAAAGUUGGCGAUGGCAUUAUGCAGUACUUGAAGGCCGCUGUUGAUGCUUACCAACCUGGCGAGGGCCAGAAGUUAACUGCUCUUGAUCUGAAUCAGGUUACGUUCCAAUGUUGCGGUUACGAAAGUUCCACCGAUUACCUGAAGAAACUGCAGAGUGUGCCCCAAUCCUGCUGUGCGUACGGGAACUGCGUCUCAAUCGGCGCCAACCUCCCCUCGGACCUCCCGGGUUGCAAAGAGCGUGCCAUCGGUAUUCAAAGUCGGACCCUCAUCAUCUGUGCGGUCAUCAUCGCCCUGGCUCUGGUCCAGCUGGUUGGUCUGGUCUUCUCCAUGAUUCUCUGCUGUGCUGCAAAGGACAGGCACUCCCGGACGCAUUACCGGCCCGUGCAGAGUUAA